AUGCCACAGCACAAAAUGCGUCGUCGGAAGAGACUUCGUGGGGACUCUGCAUCAGAUGAGAGUGACAGUUCUUUGGCCAAUGAAAGUGAAGAAGAACAACCUACUCGCUUAACACGUAGAUCUGCAGCUAGCACAGAACACCGAGAAUCACCACCUGUCAAGCGGCGGAAAGUUGUUGUCGAGUCCAAUCCGUCAGCAUCAGAUACCGAUGAACACUCAGAACCUCCAAGCAAAUCUGAAACAAAGUCCAAAUCUGCACAUUCAACAAAAAUAAAACAUAGUGGGAAAAAAUCAGCAACAAAAACUAAAUUACAGUUAAUGAAUAAUGGUGAUUUUAAUGGAGAUGCAGAUUCUGAAGAAGGAAACUCAUUGAUGGGUUUCACGGAAAGAAGAGCUACUCCAAAAACUAAUUAUGAUGAAACAAGCGCACAUUGCCCCUUGCCAGGAUGCGACUCGAAAGGGCAUCUAAGCGGUCGACAUGAAUCACACCGAACUCUGACCUCUUGUCCAUUGUUUCAUAAUACUACAGCAGAGGAGUGUAAGAGUCGUUAUGAAAAUAGACUGAAGAAUGUUGAAGAUCGGAAGAAAGUUGUAGCAGAGCUAAAAGAUCGACGAGGUCUAAGACAUCAGGCGCUCAGUGAAAGUCAGAGAGUGAAGAGGGAGAAAAUUACUAAAAUGCGUGCUAAAAAGCCAGAGAUAACAGAAGAUGUGAAGGAGAAACUCAGGAAGCACAAAGAAACCUAUGGCAGCACUAGGCAGCCGCUGAUCAGUGGCAUGACUUCGGAUUAUGAUUACGAGCUGUUCAGGGAAGCACAGUCUCGAGCUUGUGAACUUUUGGAGCAUCAGAUGACCCAGCAUUACGCCAAGUCGGACCUCCAGGAGUAUCGCAUUAAAAAGCUAGAGAUUGGGCGGUUUGAGAUUAACACCUGGUACUCAUCUCCUUACCCAGAGGAAUAUGCUAGGCUCCCUAAAAUCUAUCUGUGUGAGUUCUGCUUGAAGUACAUGCGAACAGCUACAAUUUUACGCCGACACCUGGCCAAGUGUCUCUGGAGACAUCCGCCGGGUGAUGAGAUAUACAGAAAAGGUUCCAUUUCAUUUUUUGAAGUAGAUGGUAAAAAGAACAAGGUCUAUUGUCAGAACCUUUGUCUUCUAGCGAAAUUAUUUCUGGACCACAAGACACUUUACUUUGAUGUUGAACCUUUUCUGUUUUAUGUCAUGACGGAAAAUGAUACGAAUGGCUGCCAUAUUGUGGGAUACUUCUCUAAGGAAAAGAAUUCAUUUCUGAACUACAAUGUGUCUUGUAUAUUAACACUGCCUCAGUGCAUGAGGCAAGGUUUUGGGAAAAUGCUCAUUGAUUUUAGUUACCUCUUGAGUAAAGUUGAGGAGAAAGUAGGGUCCCCUGAACGCCCUUUGUCAGAUCUUGGCUUGCUGUCAUACAGAAGUUAUUGGAAAGAUGUUCUGCUUGAGUAUUUGCACAAAUACAAGGGUCAGGAAAUCUGUAUUAAAGACGUUAGUCAGGAGACAGCUAUCAAUGCAAACGAUAUAGUCAGUACCUUACAGGCCAUGGGUAUGCUGAAGUACUGGAAAGGAAAACACCUAGUACUGAAAAAGCAGGAUUUGAUUGAUGAGUUUCUGGAAAAGAAGGCAAAUCGACCUCCGGAGAUAGCAAACAAGGUCAUCGACCCUGCAUGUUUAAAGUGGAUACCUCAAGGGAAGAGGGCAUCUCCCACUUGA